CGCGCGCGCGCGCUCACUUCCAAGCUCCGUCCCGCGCGCGGUGCACGCUGGAGGAGCGCGUCCGGGCCUGACCGCGCUGCGGCUCCGGUCCUGAGGGAGGGGAAAACAAUGCCAGUUAAUGCCAGCCUGCUGGAUGUCAGUGGCCACCUGAGGUUUUCCCUGCCUCUGAAUAAAGUAUCCGCACCUACUGUGCCAGCCAGACUCAAGUAGAUGAAGAGAUAAGGUUGGAAGUUUACUUGAUAGUUUACCCUCUUCUUGAAAAGGGUCUUCAUACUGCUGCUGUUCCAUGCAUUCUGUCCAGACUCAUCUAGAAAACAUGGCUACUGCAAUUAGGGAGGUGGGAAUUUGGAGACAAACCAGAACACUCCUACUGAAAAAUUACCUAAUUAAAUGCAGGACUAAAAAAAGUAGUGUUCAGGAAAUUCUUUUUCCACUAUUUUUUUUAUUUUGGUUAAUAUUAAUUAGCAUGAUGCAUCCAAAUAAGAAAUAUGAAGAAGUGCCUGAUAUAGAACUUAAUCCUAUGGACAAAUCUAUCCUCUCUAACCUAAUUCUUGGAUAUACUCCAGUGACUAAUACUACAAGAAACAUCAUGCAAAAAGUUUCCACUGAUGACCUUCUUGAUGUCAUAAUUACUGAAGAAUAUACAAAUGAAAAGGAAUUACUAGCAUCCAGUCUCUCUAAGUCCAGCAACUUUGUAGGUGUGGUUUUCAAAGACUUCAUGUCUUACGAACUUCAUUUUUUUCCUGAUAUGAUUCCCGUGUCUUCUAUUUAUAUGGAUUCAAGAGCUGGCUGUUCAAAAUCAUGUGAAUCUGCUCAGUACUGGUCCUCAGGAUUCGCAGUUUUACAAGCAUCCAUAGAUGCUGCCAUUAUACAGUUGAAGACCAAUGUUUCUUUUUGGAGGGAGCUGGAGUCAACUAAAGCUGUUAUUAUGGGAGAAACCACUGUUGUAGAAAUAGAUACCUUUCCCCGUGGAGUGAUUUUAAUAUACCUGGUUAUAGCAUUUUCACCUUUCGGAUACUUUUUGGCAAUUCAUAUUGUAGCAGAAAAAGAGAAAAAGUUAAAAGAGUUUUUAAAGAUAAUGGGACUUCAUGACACUGCUUUUUGGCUUUCCUGGGUUCUUCUGUAUACGAGUUUGAUUUUUCUGAUGUCCCUUCUUAUGGCAGUUAUCGCAACAGCUUCUUCGUUAUUCCCUCAAAGUAGCUGCAUUGUGGUAUUUCUACUUUUUUUCCUGUAUGGGUUAUCAUCUGUAUUUUUUGCAUUAAUGCUGACACCUCUUUUCAAAAAAUCAAAACAUGUGGGAAUAGUUGAAUUUUUAGUCACUGUGACUUUUGGAUUUGUUGGCCUUUUGAUAGUCCUCAUGGAAAGUUUCCCAAAGUCACUAGUGUGGCUUCUAAGCCCCUUCUGUCAGUGUACUUUUCUGAUUGGCAUUGCACAGGUCAUGCAUUUAGAAGAUUUUAAUGAAGGUGCUUUAUUUUCUAAUUUGACUAAAGGCCCAUAUCCUCUUAUUAUUACUAUUAUCAUGUUAGCACUUAAUAGUAUAUUCUAUGUCCUCCUUGCUGUCUAUCUUGAUCAAGUCAUUCCAGGAGAAUUUGGCUUACGGAGAUCAUCUUUUUAUUUCCUGAAGCCAUCAUAUUGGUCAAAAAACAAAAGAAACUAUAAGGAGUUAUCAGAGGGCAAUGUUAACGGGAAUAUUAGUUUUAGUGAAAUUGUCGAGCCUGUUUCUUCAGAAUUUAUAGGAAAAGAAGCCAUAAGAAUCAGUGGUAUUCAGAAGACAUAUAGAAGGAAAGGUGAAAAUGUGGAGGCUUUGAGAAAUUUGUCUUUUGACAUAUAUGAGGGUCAGAUUACUGCAUUACUUGGUCACAGUGGAACAGGGAAGAGUACAUUGAUGAAUAUUCUUUGUGGACUGUGCCCGCCUUCUGAUGGAUUUGCAUCUGUAUAUGGACACAGAGUCUCAGAAAUAGAUGAAAUGUUUGAAGCAAGAAAAAUGAUUGGCAUUUGUCCACAGUUAGAUAUACACUUUGAUGUUUUGACAGUAGAAGAAAACUUAUCCAUUUUGGCUUCAAUCAAAGGAAUACCAGCCAAUAAUAUAAUACAAGAAGUGCAGAAGGUUUUACUGGAUUUGGACAUGCAGGCUAUCAAAGAUAAUCAAGCUAAAAAGUUAAGUGGGGGUCAAAAAAGAAAACUGUCUUUAGGAAUUGCUGUUCUUGGGAAUCCAAAGAUACUAUUGCUUGAUGAACCCACAGCUGGAAUGGACCCUUGUUCUCGUCAUAUUGUUUGGAAUCUUUUAAAAUACAGAAAAUCUAAUCGGGUGACAGUGUUUAGUACUCAUUUCAUGGAUGAAGCUGACAUUCUUGCUGAUAGGAAAGCUGUCAUAUCACAAGGAACGUUGAAGUGUGUUGGUUCUUCGAUUUUUCUCAAAAGUAAAUGGGGGAUUGGCUAUCGCCUGAGUAUGUACGUAGACAGAUACUGUGCCACAGAGUCUCUUUCUUCUCUGGUUAAACAACAUAUACCUGGAGCUACUUUGUUACAACAGAGUGACCAACAGCUUGUCUAUAGCUUGCCUUUUAAGGACAUGGACAAAUUUUCAGGCUUAUUUUCUGCUCUAGAUACCCAUUCAAAUUUGGGUGUUAUUUCCUAUGGCGUUUCCAUGACGACUUUGGAAGAUGUAUUCUUAAAGCUGGAAGUUGAAGCAGAAAUUGAUCAAGCAGAUUAUAGUGUAUUUACCCAGCAGGCACCAGAGGAAGAAAUGGAUUCAAAAUCUUUUGAUGAAAUGGAGCAGAGUUUGCUUAUUCUUUCUGAAACCAAGGCCUCUUUAGUGAGCACCAUGAGCCUGUGGAGACAGCAGGUGUACACAGUAGCAAAGUUCCACUGCCUUACCUUGAAACGUGAAAGUAAAUCAGUGAGAUCCGUGUUGCUUCUGCUUUUAAUUUUUUUUGCAGUUCAGAUUUUUAUGCUUUUGGUGCAUCACUCUUUUAAAAAUGCUGUGGUUCCCAUCAAACUUGUUCCAGACUUGUAUUUCCUGAAACCUGGAGAUAACCCUCAUAAAUACAAAACAGCUCUACUUCUUCAAAAUUCUACUGACUCAGAUAUCAGUGAUCUUAUUAGCUUUUUCACAAACCAGAACGUAAUGGUGACGAUGUUUAAUGACAGUGACUUUGUGUCCGCUGCUCCCCACAGUGCAGCUUUAAAUGUGAUGUAUUCAGAAAAGGACUAUGUUUUUACAGCUGUUUUCAACAGUACUAUGGUUUAUUCUUUACCUGUAUUGAUGAAUAUCAUCAGUAACUACUAUCUUUAUCAUUUAAAUGUGACUGAAAGCAUCCAGGUCUGGAAUACCCCAUUCUUUCAAGAGAUUACAGACAUAGUUUUUAAAAUUGAACUGUAUUUUCAAGCAGCUUUGCUUGGAAUCAUUGUCACUGCAAUGCCACCUUACUUUGCCAUGGAAAAUGCAGAGAAUCAUAAGAUCAAAGCUUAUACUCAACUUAAGCUUUCAGGUCUUUUCCCAUCUGCAUACUGGAUUGGACAAGCUGUCGUUGAUGUCCCCUUAUUUUUUCUUGUUCUUAUUUUGAUGCUAGGGAGUUUAUUUGCAUUUCAUUAUGGAUUAUAUUUUUAUGCUGUAAAGUUCCUUGCUGUGGUUUUUUGCCUUAUUGGUUAUGUUCCAUCAGUUAUCCUGUUUACCUAUAUUACUUCUUUCACUUUCAAAAAAAUUUUAAGUACCAAAGAAUUUUGGUCAUUUAUUUACUCUGUGACUGCGUUGGCUUGUGUUGCAGUCACCGAAAUAACUUUCUUUAUGGGCUACACAGUUACAACUAUUCUUCACUACACCUUUUGCAUAGCCAUUCCAAUCUAUCCACUUCUAGGUUGUCUGAUUUGUUUCAUAAAGAUUUCUUGGAAGAAUAUUCAAAAAAAUGACACCUAUAAUCCAUGGGAUAGGCUUUUGGUGGCUGUUAUAUCGCCCUACCUGCAGUGUGUGCUGUGGAUUUUCCUAUUACAGUACUAUGAGAAGAAGUAUGGAGGCAGAUCAAUACGAAAAGAUCCCUUUUUCAGGACCCUCUCAACAAAGUCCAAAAAUAGGAAGUUUCCUGAACCACCACACAGUGACUUUGAAGAUGAAGAUGUCAAAGCUGAACGACUAAAGGUCAGAGAGCUGAUGAGUUGCCAGUGUUGUGAGGAGAAACCAGCCAUUAUGGUCAGUAAUUUGCAUAAAGAAUAUGAUGACAAGAAAGAUUUUCUUACAAGAAGAGUAAAGAAAGUGGCAACUAAAUACAUCUCUUUCUGUGUGAAAAAAGGAGAGAUCUUGGGGCUCUUGGGCCCAAAUGGUGCAGGCAAAAGCACGAUUAUUAAUAUUCUGGUUGGAAAUAUUGAACCAACUUCAGGCCAGGUAUUUCUAGGAGAUGAUUCUUCAGACCCCACUGAAGAUGAUGAUUCCAUUAAGUGUAUGGGAUACUGUCCUCAGAUAAACCCAUUAUGGCCAGAUAUUACAUUGCAGGAACAUUUUGAAAUUUAUGGAGCUGUGAAAGGAAUGAGUGCAAGUGACAUGAAAGAAGUCAUAAAUCGUAUAACAAAUGCACUUGACUUAAAAGAACAUCUUCAUAAAACUAUAAAGAAAUUACCUGCAGGAAUCAAGCGAAAGUUGUGUUUUGCCCUAAGUAUGCUGGGGAAUCCUCUGAUUACUCUGCUAGAUGAACCAUCAACAGGUAUGGAUCCUAAAGCCAAACAGCACAUGUGGCGAGCAAUUCGAACUGCAUUUAAAAACAAAAAGCGGGCUGCUGUUCUGACCACUCAUUAUAUGGAGGAGGCAGAGGCUGUCUGUGACCGAGUGGCUAUCAUGGUAUCUGGGCAGUUAAGAUGUAUUGGAACAGUCCAACAUCUGAAGAGUAAAUUUGGAAAAGGCUACUUUUUGGAAAUUAAAUUAAAGGAUUGGAUAGAAAACCUGGAAAUAGAUCACCUCCAAAGAGAAAUUCAAUAUAUUUUCCCAAAUGCAAGCCGACAGGAAAGUUUUUCCUCUAUUUUGGCUUAUAAAAUUCCUAAAGAAGAUGUUCAGUCCCUUUCACAAUCUUUUUCUAAGCUGGAAGAAGCUAAACAUACUUUUGCCAUUGAAGAAUAUAGUUUUUCUCAAGCAACAUUGGAACAGGUUUUUGUAGAACUCACUAAAGAACAAGAGGAAGAAGAUAAUAGUUGUGGAACUUUAAACAGCACACUUUGGUGGGAAAGAACACAGGAAGACAGAGUAGUAUUUUGAAUUUGUGUUUCUCAGUCUGCUUACAGAAAUCUUUUCACUUUGGUUUAAAAAGUAUAUUAUUUGAAUGGUAACUGAAGAACCAUGAAAGCACUUGGGAUUUCCCUAAUAAGUUCCUUAGUUGAAUUGCUGUGGUGUUGUGUAUUUUCCUUUUCUUCAAAUAAAACUUACAUAUAAUAAAUUGAACUGCAUGUUUGUAUCUAGGGAAUGUUGAACUGUAGUCUGUAUGUAAACUGAGUAUUUAUCUUUCAAAAACAGUGCUUCUAAAUUUAUGGUUUAAAAAAUAGUGGUAGAAUAAAUUUUAUUUUGAACAGUUAUCUUUAAGUUAAUAUCAUCUUGUUACAUAAGUAUGUAAUGUCCCAAUUUAAAUGAAAAACUAAUACAUAAAUAACACAUAGCAAAAGAGAUUAUAAAGCAAAAGUUUCUUGCUUCUCCUAAAAAGCUAACAGCACUGGACAAUCUUAGUGCAGAGGUUUGCAGGAAGUGACAUCCGGUAGGUGGCGCCCAUCGAUCAUAAAUGAAGUGAGGCUUUGUUCUUCUAUUAGGUGAUUUUAGACUUAAGUCCCACAAGUAUUUGAAGAAACAAUUCUUCUGCUUACACUAAGUAAAAUUCAGAGGUGUUUUAAUUAUUAUAACUAAAGGAAGACUAUGUCUAGGAUAUUAUUUUUGUAAUAGUCUGAUUCUUUGUGGCUAGAAUGACAGAUAUCUAUAGAGUUGGAAGAAUUAGCCAUCCCUUUUCCUCCACCCCACAUGGAAGAUAAAAAAAUUUUUGUCAUCUUCCUUCUAAAGGGUGCAUUUUAUUUUAUUCCAGAAUAAAAUAAUUUUUUGGGUAACCAUUUUAUUGGUGAACUUUAUUUAAAUCUCUCUCUCUAUAGAGUUUUAAGUAUAUAGUGUAGAGAUUUAAUUAGUAACUCACCUCAGAUUUGCUUUGGAACAUGAUGGGAUAUAUAAAUAAACUUCUGGGGGUUAAAUUCAGGACUAGAAGUAAACUAUAUAUAAUUCUCUUUAACAGGAAACCAGAAUUUCUCUGUGUCAGAGCUGAAGUAUGGUUAUGGUUAAUGUAAUCUUAGAAAUACUUCCUUGUAGAACCCCUGUAUGGACUAUAGGUAUAAUAUAAAUAAUACUAGCUGACAUUGUAUUUCAUCCAGAUGAAUAAAAAUACCAACUUUUUGAGAACAUAUGCAUUGGGAGUAUGAAUAUUGCAUUAUAAAAAGUCUUAUAAAACAGUAACAGAAGAAUUUGAUUCUGAGUUUCUUUAAAUGCUCAAACCCUUUAAUUCUUAACUCUUUCAUGUAGGUAAAAACUAAAUGAACUUUUAGCUCUACUGUAUAAUAAGACAUCUGUGAUUUUAGGCUGUAGCAGCUGACUUAAGUGUUCUUUUCUCAGUCUCAGUACAAGGUACAUGACUGGUACUUUCCACCCCAUUGCUUUGGGGUGCAACUUCUGUGUACAUUUCUAAAGAUACCUACUUCACCAGCUGUCUCAGAGGUCUAACUAAUUCAAAUGAGCUGCCUUACAGUCUCUGGAUUUUAUGACCCACAGCUAAGGUAUUUUUCCUUGUAGAUUUAGUUGACACUAGUUUUUAAAGUUAUCAAGUGACAAUCACAUGCCUCAUGAUAACAAGCUUUUGGAUUCUUCACCUGAGAAUCUCACUUUUACAUCUUCAGUAAAA